ACCUUUACGGCUGCAGCAUGAGGGGGCUGCUGGUUUUGAGUGUGCUGCUGGGAACUGUCUUUGGCCAUGAGGACUUUGUGGGGCACCAGGUGCUCCGAAUCUUUGCAGCUGACGAAGCCCAGGUGCAGAAGGUGAAGGAGCUGGAGGACCUGCAGCACCUGCAGCUGGACUUCUGGAAAGGCCCUACCUGGCCUGGCUCGCCCAUCGACAUCCGAGUGCCCUUUCACAGUCUCCAGGCUGUCAAAAUCUUCCUGGAGGCCCAAGACAUCAGGUACGAGAUCAUGAUCAAGGACCUGCAGUCACUGCUGGAUGAGGAACAGGAGCAGAUGUUCGCCUUCCGGGCCAAGGUCCAAUCUACCGACACCUUUAACUACGCCACCUACCACACCCUGGAGGAGAUCUAUAACUUCUUGGACCUGCUGGUGGCUGAGCACCCACAGCUUGUCAGCAAGAUCCAGAUUGGCAAAACCUAUGAAGAUCGACCCAUUUAUGUGCUGAAGUUCAGCACUGGAGGGAACAACCGUCCUGCCAUCUGGAUUGACACAGGCAUCCAUUCCCGGGAGUGGGUCACUCAGGCCAGCGGAGUCUGGUUUGCAAAGAAGAUCACUCAAGACUAUGGCCAGGACCCCGCUUUAACUAACAUUCUUAAUAAUAUGGACAUCUUCCUGGAGAUUGUUACCAACCCUGACGGUUUUGCUUUCACCCACAGCAAGAAUCGCAUGUGGCGCAAAACUCGAUCCCUCACAUCAAACUCCCUCUGUGUUGGUGUGGACGCCAACAGGAACUGGGACGCUGGCUUUGGGAAGGCUGGCUCCAGCAGCAAUCCCUGCUCCGACCAGUACCGAGGCAAGUUCCCCAACUCAGAAGUGGAGGUCCAGUCCAUUGUGAACUUUGUGAACCACCACGGGAACAUCAAGGCCUUCAUCUCCAUCCACAGCUACUCCCAGCUCCUCCUUUACCCCUAUGGCUACACAUCAGAACCAGCCCCUGACAAGGAAGAGCUGGAUAAACUGGCCAAGUCUGCUGUGACAGCUCUGUCCUCUCUGUACGGGACCAAAUACAAGUAUGGCAGCAUCAUCACAACAAUCUAUCAAGCCAGUGGAAGCACUGUUGACUGGACCUACAACCAGGGCAUCAAGUACUCCUUUACUUUCGAGCUCCGGGACAGUGGGCGCUAUGGCUUCUUGCUGCCAGCCUCUCAGAUCGUCCCUACUGCUCAGGAGACAUGGCUGGCGCUUAUGACCAUCAUGGAGUACACCCUGAAUCACCCCUACUGAACUGGCCCUUUGGCACCCUUCUCCCUCCUCUCUGGCCCCAUCCAAAUAAAGUUUGAGAAUACAAAGUGCAGAAUCUUGGGGCUUG